AUGGUCCUUGCUCCAUAUGUCCGUGUGACACGAAUGCUAUUAUGCCAACGAUCUUCGCAGGAAGGUUCAUCCAUGAGUUAUACCCUGAGAUUCCUGUCGCCUUCUGUACGAAGGAUGAUGAGGGUACCUGGCACUUCCACCCCAGCUCCCGCAUCAGCAUCUCAAGCGGCCUCGGCCGAGCCCACCUGCCAGAAACUAAUAGUUACGUCUAGUGAGAGCUUCUUCCCGUCCUCGGUAGAUGCUAUCCUCGGCCUGCGCGAGUCUCUCCAAGAGCUACGAGAGCUUGCCCCUCAGAUCGGCUUCCACGAGACGCUUCAAUCCAUCACGAACCAUCAGGGCUAUAUUACUCAAGUAACCCUCGUCCACGCUGGCUCGCGCCUUCGUAGCGACUGUGACGCCGUCUUCUGGUUCAGAUUCUUUAUAGCACUUCGAUCAAUCGCACAUAUAGACCAGACUUUCGAAUUCAUCAAUAAGGUAUCCUUCGCGGAAGUUUCUGGUGAGGCAGGUCGGCCCCCUUAUCAGCUACUAGGCUGGUCCUUCGAAUAUAUCCAGCAGACCGCCUUCCGGUGGACUCACGUCGAGGAGCGUUACCGUCGCUAUGGCAGGUUCAUUACUCUCCGUAACGGAGUACGGGUCCUCGGGCUUCAGCCACGGCAUGUACAAGAGGUCGCCCAGCCCUUCACAGUUCAUACCGUUGGCGAUGUGGACGAUAUUACGGAGUAG